CACCACAGGCACGCCACAGUUCGCAUUCAGCAUUCACGUUCCGAAUAACCAAAGCAAGCAUAUUACCGCAACAAAAUCGUCGCCGAGCAGAUUACUCUGUCACGUCAAAAGAAGACUUUCCUGAACCCAAUACCGAAGAACAAAGAUGGUGAAAUUAAUUGCGAGCCUUCUGGUGCUGGCCGUGGUGGCCCAACAGGCGUACGGAGACUUUAAAUGCUCCCUGGAGGUUCCCGAAAUCCCCAAGGGCUGGAUGGACUUGAAGGACGGCUGCCUCAACGGCAUGCGCCACCAGAUCCAGGAAGAGAUCAACGCCUCCUACCAGUACCUGGCCAUGGGUGCCUACUUCGCCCGCGACACCGUCAACCGCCCCGGCUUCGCUGAGGCCUUCUUCAAGGCCGCAAAGGAGGAGCGCGAGCAUGGCUCCAAACUGGUUGAGUACCUGUCCAUGCGUGGCCAGCUCACCGACAACGUCAGCAACCUCAUCACCGUACCGACCGUGGCCAAUCAGGAGUGGAAGGAUGGUGCCGCCGCCCUUGAGGAUGCCCUCGAGCUGGAGACCAAGGUCACCCGCUCCAUCCGCAAGUUGAUCCAGACCUGCGAGGGCAAACCUUACAACCACUACCACUUGGUAGACUAUCUCACCGGCGUGUACCUGGAGGAGCAGCUCCACGGACAGCGCGAGCUGGCCGGCAAGUUGACCACCCUCAAGAAGAUGAUGUCCACCCACGGCGAGCUCGGAGAGUUCCUCUUCGAUAAGAACUUGUAAAAUGGUUCACCGUUUCCGUUCUGGAUAACCCACACCGCCGCCACCAUGGAGGAGGUGUCCAGUCCCUCUUCAAACUUAUCAGCCAGAAAAUCAACUCCAUCUAGUGUUCCGUUAUCUAUUUCGUUAUCACCCGAGCUGAAACCCUUUCCCGAGUGUCCACCAUUAAAUCAAAAAUUAAAGCUUCAGUUUUCAUUCUCUUUGAUUGGCACUUAAUUCUCCCAAUAAAUUACCCGUUUCCUUCUGGCUCGCCUCCGAUUCACGGGGCACAGCAAAAA